UCCUUGCUGCUCCUGCUUGUUACCAGAUCCAGUGUCCUCGUGAAAUCGGUUUAGUUGGUCUGUGACACAGUCCAACCCUUAACGGACACAUUUCCAGUCAUGGGAAAAGCAGCCGCCACGAGAUAGCACAGAUGGAUCAGCCCAGGGAGUGACAGAAGACUUGGAACCGGCACCCUCUCUGAGUCACCCAGGUGAAGCCUUUCCGAGAAGAUCUCCAGGGCUGGUUCCUUGGUAACAGAGCCUCAAAGGAGGGCCUGAGAGGCUUCUCAGCACGGACCUCGUGACCAGAUUCCAGGCCAUGAAGGGUGGAUUGUGAUGGCGGCCCCACUAGGGUCAGCACGCUGACAGCCCCUGUGACUGUUACAGGUUUAAAGACAAUCGAAAAGAUGACAUUUGGCUUGUAGAUUUUUAUGCACCAUGGUGUGGUCAUUGUAAAAAACUGGAACCGAUUUGGAAUGAAGUUGGUCUUGAGAUGAAAAGCAUCGGUUCUCCAGUUAAAGUUGGAAAGAUGGACGCUACUUCCUAUUCUAGCAUUGCUUCAGAGUUUGGAGUUCGAGGUUAUCCAACAAUUAAGCUAUUAAAGGGGGACUUGGCCUAUAAUUAUAGAGGACCACGAACUAAAGAUGAUAUUAUUGAGUUUGCUCACAGAGUAUCUGGAGCUCUAAUUCGGCCACUUCCAAGUCAGCAGAUGUUUGAACACGUGCAGAAAAGACAUCGUGUGUUUUUCGUUUAUGUAGGUGGAGAGUCACCUCUGAAGGAGAAAUACAUAGAUGCGGCUUCAGAACUAAUUGUAUAUACAUACUUCUUUUCUGCCUCAGAAGAAGUGGUUCCUGAGUAUGUGACACUGAAAGAGAUGCCCGCUGUGCUUGUUUUCAAAGAUGAAACUUACUUUGUUUAUGAUGAAUACGAAGACGGUGAUCUGUCAUCUUGGAUCAAUAGGGAGAGGUUUCAGAAUUAUCUGACUAUGGAUGGCUUCCUCCUGUAUGAACUUGGAGACACCGGAAAACUUGUGGCUAUUGCUGUUAUUGAUGAGAAAAACACAUCAAUCGAACACACCAGAUUAAAGUCGGUUAUUCAGGAAGUUGCUAGAGAUUACAGAGACCAGUUCCACAGGGAUUUUCAGUUUGGACAUAUGGAUGGAAAUGACUAUAUAAAUACCUUGCUGAUGGAUGAAUUGAAAGCCCCAACUGUAGUUGUGCUGAACACUUCGAACCAACAGUACUUCUUACUAGACAGACAGGUUGAGAGUGCCGAAGACAUGGUCCGGUUCAUUAACAGCAUUUUGGAUGGCACAGUAGAAGCUCAAGGAGGUGAUAGCAUUUUGCAGAGAUUGAAAAGAAUAGUAUUUGAUGCCAAAUCUACUAUUGUGUCGAUAUUCAGGAGCUCCCCGCUGAUGGGCUGCUUCCUCUUCGGCCUACCACUGGGUGUCAUCAGCAUCAUGUGCUACGGCAUCUACACGGCCGACACGGAUGGAGGCUACGUGGAGGAGCGCUACGAAGUGUCCCGAGGCGAGACCGAAGGCCAGGAUGCCCCGGAAGCGAGCGGCGAGCAGCAGGAGCCGAGGACUGGAGGCUGUGCCGCGCCUGCCCUGCAGGCGCCCAAGGAUGAGUUAGAGAAAAAGACGGACUGAGACGAGCAGAGCAGAACACUUGCUGGGCCUGCAGGUUUCUGGAGUCUGUUUAUUGAAAUUAGACAUUGUAUCAUGGUCUUUCCAGAGGAGAACAUGCUGUUUGCAUUUUGCUAGUAUCAACUGCACGGAUUAAAGCAGUCCUUGCAUAAGUGGGGAGAUGUUUGGAGCAAACAGGAAACGUUUGUCUAACACACACACAUCCCUCAGAGUUCGCCUGGUGGAUGUGGUUGUAACAGAUUGGUUCUUUGCAUGUUUCUCUCUGAGUUCUGUUGCGGAACUAAGAUUCUUGGGCAGGGUAUUUACAUUGGUCAGUCAGGUAGAAGAGCCAUGUUUGAUAGAGAAAAAUAAUGCCCCCACCCCCCCACCAUCCAUUCUCCUCUUAUAUUUUGGAUAAGAUUUAUAUGGACAAAAUUAAGUCUUUCAAAUUCAGGCACUUUAAAGAGAACUAAUAACUUUUUCCGCAGGUCAAAUUAGGAUUAUGAGAUUAAAAAUAAUUUGGUUUUAUAUAGCAUAGUGAUUUUAUUUUGUUAUUAUUUUUAAAGGAGAGGAAAUGUUGUUACCUUUUAACUUUAUACUUAGUUGCAUUAUAAAAUUUUCAUAUUAGCCUAUAGAGUGUCAAAAAAAAUAGUCUGUGUUUAAUCUUUGCCACAUGAACUGGAUUUACUUGGAGCAGUGACUCCGAACCAGGCCCGGGAACGCCCUGAGCAGGUGUCUCAGCAGCCACUGAGGGAAGGGCCGCUGUCGCUCCUACCCGGUUGUACCCCAAACAGCUCACUUUCUUUCUCUCUUUAUCUGUAUUGGGACUUCUUCUAAAAAUUUCCUUUGGUAAGAAGCUCUUGCUGCUUUUUAAAGAGUAAUAGCAGAUCGUGUGUUUAUGGUAUGGUAACUUAUCUAGUACAUGUUUAUACAUGUAAAAUGUAUUGACAUGUGUCUGUUACAUAAUUUAUGGGCAUGUCUGUGUUCCUGAUGAGUAAUGAGUGACGUAAUCAGCCUGUCAACAAAAUUCAUGUCCGGCGAUUAAAGAGGGUGCCAGUGACCUUCCCCGUCCUCGCAGUCCUGGCGGCCAGAUCAGCCAGCGGCCCAUCAUCCUCUCGCUCUAGUGAAAGAACGUAGGCAUUCUGUCCUGAGUAAUGUAGAAACAGUGGUAUUUUUUUAAAGUAACAGUUUGAUAUGUUUGUUGUAGAUUAUUUUUGAGGCCUUUGUUUUAGCUAAGUUUAGGAUUUUUAUUAAGUGACUAUUAUUUUGGGUGAUUAUUCAUGGAGUGAUUGAGUUAUUCAGUGUAAAGGACAUUAUUAAACAUUUAAAAAUGUUUAUAAUCACUUUAGAACUGUAAUUCAUGGCCCUACAUAAAACUGUAAUUUACACAUAAAACUGUGUAAUUCUUGAUACGGAAGUUGUUCAGGGUUUGGAUCGCCAAGGGCAGCCUUGGGUCAUUUCUGAUGCCAUGCUGAUCACAACCAAACUGAAACUCUAUCUUAAGAACUAAGGAGUUAGUGAUAAUUGCUUUAUUGUAUCCAUGUACUUUAUUAGUAUAUAAUAAUUACUUAUUCUUGAUAUUUGCACCUCAUUAUUAUUUUUAAUAAUGAAGCACAUACACAGUCACAGGGAAUGGAAGGAAAUACUAGAAUGGAAUAUUCUUACAUGGAAAUUGGAGGUGAGUGCUGUUCGUUUAACAAGUGGCUUCCCCUCCGCACAGGAAUGAAGGCUUCUUUGGGAGAUUACUGUUAAUGCUCCCAGCGGUGAAGCCGUGAAAAGCUGAGGCGAGUACGGAUGGCUUACCUGAGCCGCAGCCUCGUAGGGAAGUUGACGCUUGGGCAUUCCCAGGGCCAGGAGCAGGCAGAACGUGUCAUUGCGCCUGUCUUCAUGUUUGUCACUCUCAGCUGUCCGUCAUCGGCAUGUUUUUUACCUUUUCUCAAGUAUCAUCUAUAAAGGGAAGUAUCACCUCAAUAGGGAAAAGUAAAAAAAAAGUAAAAGCUCAAGUAUGUAUCAGCAAACAAAAGUCCAGCAGUCUCGGGGGAUGUUUUUUUGUCUCUAAAUCAAUGCCUUAGCCUCUGUUACCUUUUUCACAACUCUGUACUGUUGCCCCGUAUUCCAUUUAUGUUUCAAAGUGUAUCUCUGUUGGGAAAACACAAUAUGUAGAUAGAUGGUUUAUAAGUGAAUGAUUUGAUUUCUUCCUUUUUGUAUUAAAAUUUCCCUUUUUACUUACUCUAGGAUAGUGUCAGACUCUUCACACAACAGAUUUAAAAUGUUUUGCUCAUUGUGUGUUUUUCCCUUCAGUGUGAUAUCAGAGCUUACUAGGAAUGCUGUUUUCCAGAAAAAAAAUAAUUCAAAGUGAAGGUAGAUUUCUGAACGAAUCUCGGGGAAGAACAGAUAACACCCUAAUUCAGUGAUAAAUCUUACUCUGAUUACGUAUCAAUAGAGGGAAUAUCCUUCAAUCUGUUAAGAGUUUUUUGCCUUCGCCUUUAGUUGCAAUAAAGUUCAAUUUCUAAAUCUAAAAUCCAGAAUCCCAGAUGUGUGCUGCUGAAGCCGGUGUGCAGACAAGAUUCAAAGGUGUUUCAGAAGGAGAAAGUGCGCGUUCGCAAGCCCUGUGCAGCCCGUUGUAGCUUGCAGUCGCUUUUCUCUGUGUACAUGGACAUUUCUCUAGCCACUGCCUCCUGAAACUUCUCCGAGGGGGAUUAGACCUGGAACUUGCGUUUUCUUCUUCACACAUAGUGCUUCCUGGCGCCUGAUUUAGAAGGAACAUUACAAGCCAAAUAUCUAGAGGUUGAAGUAAAAGGUCUGUGUGAGUGGUUAACCCAUCAGCUAUGUUGUUUUUGUUGAGUGGAUUUUGGUCGUUGUUUCUUGUGUUUUGUUUCAGGGCUUUUUUUGGUUUGGGUUUUACAAAAAGUAAUUUAAAUGUUUUCGUCAUUGCUUCAAUAUGACAGGGAGGUUGGGCAGGGAAAAAUCACUCAGCUAUUAUUAUGCAGAAAUGGUUCAAAUAAAGCAUUGUGGGAUGUUAAGGCUAUCAAUUAAUUGGUGGGGUUAGGUUUGCCAUUUUAUUUUUAUAAAUAUCUAUUUUUUCUGAUUGUGUCUGAGUCCAAGAGUGGGCAAACAAUAAUUUUCUACUUUGGACUAAUCUAUAAAGGUUUUUUGAAAGUCUGUAUUAGUAGUUGAAUCCUGAUAUCCUGCCUUAAGGCACCAGUUGUAAACCUUUGUUUUUUCUAAAAUAAAUUAAUUGAAAACA